AUGGAGAGUACUCGGCUCUGCCUCCUCACUCUGCUGAGCGCUGCCCUGCUCCUCAAUUCCAAUUGCCAGGAAUCAGACCUGCAAUCCAGAUCGGUAGACCAUUACUCAGUCAAAGAGGACUCCUCUCAAGAAAAGGAACUGAUUGAAGCUUUGCAAGAAGUUCUGGAGAAACUGAAAAGCAAGAGGAUGCCAACCUACGAGAAAAAGUUUGGAAUGGUCCCAAUGUGUGAUGCUGGGGAACAAUGUGCUGUAAGGAAAGGAGCCAGGAUUGGAAGACUCUGUGACUGUCCCAGAGGAACCUUCUGCAAUUCAUUCCUCUUGAAAUGUUUGUAG